UCCGAUAUAAAAGCCACUUCUCGGUUCGCUCGUCUCGUAGACUUCUCGCCUUUGUCAUCCUUCUCCUUCCGUCUAACACGCCGCCGUGUCCUCUGAGGCUUCGGUUUUCUUUUUAUCUGCUGAUUCGAGGGCUUUUAGGGCUCGGAUUGGUCGCAGGGGAGGAAGAAGAAGCUUCCAUAGCGCGGAGAUUAGAAUUUAUCUUAGCGUUAGGGACAAGUUAGAGAAAGAACAUAAAAUAUGGUUUUGUGGGUUUUUGGUUAUGGAUCGUUGGUUUGGAAUCCUGGUUUCAAUUUUGAUGAGAAGGUUAUAGGCUUCAUCAAGGACUACAAACGUGUAUUUGAUCUUGCAUGCAUAGACCAUAGAGGUACACCAGAGCAUCCAGCAAGAACCUGCACAUUGGAGUAUAAGGAAGGAGCAGUUUGUUGGGGUGUUGCGUAUUGUGUCAAAGGUGGGAUUGAGAAAGAAAGAGAAGCAAUGGAGUAUCUAGAGAGGAGGGAGUGUGAGUAUGACAAGAAAGCAUCAGUCGACUUCUACAAGGAAGGAGAUGAUCUUCAACCAGCUGUGAAGGGUGUAACAUUAUUUAUUUCCACUCCGGAUAAAAUAGCCAAUAGAUAUUACCUAGGCCCAGCUCCUUUGAAGGAUAUGGCAAGGACAAUUGCUACUGCAAAUGGUCCUUGUGGGAACAAUAGGGACUACCUGUUUUCUUUAGAGAAGGCUAUGUUUCACAUAGGACACAAAGAUGAUUACGUGAUCAAACUAGCAAAUGAGGUAAGGAGAGUCCUCGGAGUUUUGAAGGACAAGAAGGCAAUUGGAACUCGUUUAGCCAUGAUAAAGCCCAAGCUUCCACUCAUUCAGCUAGUCCCCCUCCAGGAGGCAGCCGUCAUGGAUUCCAGAUAAUACCUACAGAUCUCUUUUACAUCUCUCUGGAAAAAUCUCUACAGAUCUCCUUCACACCACACUUUGUAAAACGAAGGAUAUAGUUCCUUUGUUAAAGAACUUAACAUGCUGGUUAUAAUGUAUUUUUCUUUUCAAUUCUUAACUAAUUCUUUUAGUUUAUCCUAGCAUAGCAGUGCUUAUGUAAUGUAAAACCAAUCAGGCAGUAACUGUUCUUUUGGAGAAAUGGAGAAGUGAAUAAAGUUAUCUUUUUGCCGAUGAUA